GUUGUGGUGCUGUGGGUGGGCACCAAUAAUCACGGUCACACUGCUAAACAGAUCUGUGGCGGCAUCAUUGACAUGGUCGAACUCAUCUAGGACAAGCUGCCGAAGGUUUGCACUCUCGUACUGAACGGGACCCCCGGUUUAGUUAUUUUCAAUGUCAUCCGCAAUGUUUUUAUCACAAGGCAGUUUUGCAAUGAUUAUGCUUGUUAUUUGCUUAGGUUUUUAUGCCUCUUUCAUACCACAAAUGUGAGUUAAACCAUUGUAAUGGGAAAUUAUUAGAUUAAUUAUUUUCUUGUAUUUGAUUUACUGUUACUAAGUACUGAUGUUCCUACCUUUUGACCUGUUUAACUGGCAGUAUCAAAUGUCUGCCAGUGUUGAAUGUUAUGGUUAAAGUUUGCCACCAGACUUCGCCGAGGACACACUGAUCAUUUAGCUGUGACACGGUGUGAUUCUGUAGCCGCUGAUGUUGUGACUUCUUACAAGCCUCUGGGUGUCACGGUUUCGGCAGAGGCUGCUCCUCCUCCUUGUUCGGGCAGGCUUCGGCGGUCGUCGUCCCCGGAGUACUAGCUGCCACCGUUCGAUGUUUCAUGUUUGUUUGGUUUUGUCUGUUUGUACACCUGUCCCUUGUUAGUGUUUGAUUUGGUUGCCUAUUUAGUUUUCGUGUGUGGGGGCAGGUGUUAUGUGGUAUUGUUUAUUUGUCAAGCUGUUGCUCUUUGAUAUUACUCUCAGGAUUGUUGUUUUUCCGAGAGUCCGCACUGUGUGCGCUGUCGUCAUUUUUACGCACUGUGUGUGUUGUGCAUACUUUGUAUUUUGCCUCCCGGUUGGGUUGGCUGUUCGCCUGUUUGGUGCUGUUAUUUUUGUGACUAAAGUCUGUUGACGAACGCCCGUGUUUCCUGCGCUUGAUUCCUCACCGCAUCUACACUCAGCUACUGACACUGGGGCUGGUGUUUGCAGAACAUUUGGUGCUGUGGGAUUAAUACACUGAACAAAAAUAUAAAUGCAACAUGCAACAAUUUCAUAUAAGGAAAUCAGUCAAUUGAAAUCAAUUAAUCAGGCCCUAAACUAUGGAUUUCACAUCACUGGGCAGGAAUAAAGCCAUGGGUGGGCCUGGGAGGACAUAGGCCCACCCACAUUUGCAGCCAGGCCCACCCACUGGGGAGCCAGGCCCAGCGUUAGAGGCAGUUUAUGGUAGAGAAAUUAACAUUAAAUUCUCUGGCAACAGCUCUGGUGGAUAUUCCUGCAGUCAGCAUGCCAGCUGCACGCUCCCUCAGCUUGAGACUGUGGCAUUGUGUUGUGUGACAUUGUGUUGUCCCCAGCACAAGGUGCACCUGUGUAAUGAUCAUGCUGUUUAAUCAGCUUCUUGAUAUGCCACACCUGUCAGGUGGAUGGAUACUCUUGGCAAAGGAGAAAUGCUCACUAACAGGGAUGUAAACAAAUCUGUGCACAACAUUUUAGAAAUAAGCUUUUUGUGCAUAUGGAACAUUUCUGAGAUUUUUUAUUUCAGCUCAUUAAACAUGUUGCGUUUAUAUUUCUGUUCAGUGUAUAUAUGCACAUUCUCAGAGAAGCCCAUUAGACAUUUCUCUUGGCUUCUUCUCUGGAGAUGUUCUCCAUGAAUUCUUGUAAUAAACAUAAAUUAUUUUGAUUCAUAUGAUCGACUGCUCUCCCUUUUGUUCACCUGGAAAAUCUCCUUUACAACCAUUAACCUUUAUGAUAACCCAAACCUAAAUUAUAAACUGCAUACUUAUGGUCUCCAUUAUCAUUGCUGACUAUAUUGGCACGUUUGUCCUUUAUAGCAUGGACAUCUAGUGACUAUCAUGCACAGGACGUUGGUGGGACCUUAAUUGGGGAGAACGGGCUCAUGGUAAUAGCUGGAGCUGAAUCAGUGGAAUGGUAUCAAACAAGUGGUUUUCAGGUGUUUGAUGCCAUUCUAUUUUCUCUGUUCCAGACUUUAUUAUGAGCUGUUCUCCUCUCAGCAGCUUCCUGUGCUAUCAUGUAUGUUUCCAACCACAGGGAGUGCUGCCCAGGGGUAAGAUGCCCAACCCCAUGCGGGAGAGGAAUGCCCAGGUCAACAAGCUGGUCCAGGAGGCCGUGUCCUCCCUCUCCCACGCCUCCCUCCUCAACGUGGACCCCGGCUUUGUACACUCGGACGGCAGCAUCUCCCACCAGGACCUGUAUGACUACCUCCACCUCACCCCUCAGGGCUACCAGGCUGUGUGCCAGCCGCUACACACCCACCUCAAGGGCCUGUUGGAGAAACAGGCCAAAGACCAGCUGAUGGAGAACUGA